AGGUUCUUGUAAUAAAAAUGUACAGUACAUACCUACUACAUAUAAUCAAGAAGUAACUUGGUUUUAUAUUUCAAAUAAUUUUCACUUUCUCAAUGCUAUGAUUUAUAAAUUUCGUUAAAAAAUAUACAUAUAUACUAAAAAUAACAAUGAACUACAGAUCGAGUUCUGAUUACGAGCAAUAUGCAUCGUGGGUUCAAGAGAAACCUAUUUCCAAAGAUCCUGCAAUUACAAAGAGUAAAAUGAUUUCGAACACAUCAAAUUCUAGCGACUUACACAGCACACCGACUGCUUUGAUAGUAUCGCCUACUGGUGAGCGUACAACUUGUGCUCUUGAUAGUUUGACUCAAACUUCCAAUCCAUUUUUGGAUUCAUCAACUAAGGAACUCAAAGCAGUUGGAUAUGAGAAUUGUAUACAACAAUUCCCCUCAAAAUAUGAAAAAAUUCAUCAACAAAAUCGUCGCAAAGCUCAAUUCAAACAUCGAAAACCAAGUAAGAUCAUUUUGAAUCAGAGAUUAUCAUCGGCUCGGAAGCAACCGAAGUGUGUCGCAGUUCAAACGGAUGCAUCAUUUAAUUUACCUGAAAGUAUUGGGGAUGGUCAAGGAUUAAGACCUAGUUUUAUGGAUUUGACAUCAUCAUCGGCAAUUGAAACUUUCGAUUCAUAUAAUCAAUCAAGCAAACAAUAUAUAUCAGAAAAUCAAAGAAAAUGUCUAUCAUUUAUUCUUAUGGUAAUUUUAAUAUUCUGGCUUACAUCAGUCAUCCUGGGAGUCGAAAUUCCUGCUGAAUUUUGUCGGAUUGUCUUGAACUACUUUGGGUCCCUACAAUCGGCAUUGUUCUAUCAAGAAAAAGAACUAAGUUUUUUCGAAAAAUUGUGGAGAUUUAUCAUUGAAUAAAUUUUAACUUUUAGUAACAAUUUAUUAUA